AUGAAGUAUGUUCGACGAUCAUGGCUUGUCAUUCCCCUUCUCUACGAUAACGCCGUUCGACUGACCUAUCCCUCCCGGCCAUCGCUCAUCUUUCCACCUCAAAGAUGUACAGGGGAAAAGCCAUGGUGUCAAACUUGCAAGGAGAGGAACAAGCUUUGCAUCUACGACAACGGUUCAUUCGGCGUGAGGCAGCAAGAGGCCGACGCUCUGCUCGCUCUCCGACGCACCAACAAGCUCCUUCCAUUCGCUGGCUCGAGUAUCGAUGCGACUCUGUAUCAAGAGCUCAUCGUCCUCUUCGGAAUACAGUGGGACAGCAACUCGGGCUACUGGAAGACGGCACGCCUCGCGACAAGUACCGAUCCUGCCCACCCACUCGUGAAGAUCGAUUAUCAGCACGGGCUGUCGCAGAUCCUCAAAAUGACGGUCGAUCUACUGGUCACCAAAUCUUUGCCUUUCGGUCAACGCCUUCGCGUCCCUUCAGCGACAGUAUUCUCCCACCAGAACGGCCGGGCCUUCUCGCCUUCUGACAACUUCAAGACUUAUCGAUCGCAACGUCUUUGCGACUAUUCAGACAACGACCUGCUCAGACACCGGGAGAUCUACGAGCUCGCAUUUCAUAGCCAUCCUUUCUUGUCAUUGAUCGUGUCCCGAACAAUCAAUAUCAGCAAGAUUGAAGACAGAAUGCUCGACGAAUUAUGCUACGACUCGAUCCUGCUGGCUGGCCUCGAUAUGAAAGCGGAAACGUCGCCUGCAGCACGCGACUCGGGAGUCAGUGCUCACGGGCUGCCGAAGAUCAACGAUCUCGUCGAAAGGGUGACAAGCGCGCUCUAUGGCACGAAGCCGGCAAACGUCAAGGCAUCAGAUCUACACACUCACGCGCAGUGCCUGAUGAUUCUAGCGUGGCGCGAGCUCGCUCGCGGUCUCUUCAGACGAGCGACCACCUUUUGGACCAUCAUCUGGUGCUUGUUACUUAAAAUCCGAGCUCUGAGGGAGCAAGAAGUCGACAGAACGGAAUGCUACAUCAAUGGCGUGGAGAUUUCCCUCGUCACCGCAGAGGAGCUGAACAAUAUGCAGGCAAUCACUCAGCUCGUGCUGCUCUGGCUCGAGCUCAGCCUUGGACCCACUCCCGCGCAUGCGUUGACCGUCUCGUUGGAUUCUCAACGUAAAGCCAACGACACAUCAACGUCCUGGAUUUCCGAGCUCGACAAGAGAAGCGGUAACUUUGCGGCGAUACAGGGUUACCGUCGAUCGUUUGUGCUCCUUUGCAGCAUCGAGUGCGUGCUUGACAGCUUGACGGAGAGCUGCGACGCGUGGACGAGCUUCAGUGACGGGCGCUCGCUCCAAACGAAGCAACACGACGACGCCACGGAGCGAACGGAUGCCAUUCUGUCACAGGCACGAGUGUCUCAGACGAGCCGCAGAGCGAAAGCGUCAUCGAAGGUCAUCCCAGGAGCUGCGCUCAUCUCGCUGACAGCGCUGCUGGCAUGCUUCCAUACCAGGAAUGCGUCGGUGGCGUUGCGGCGGCCACCAAGCAAAAUGUACGAGCAGUGGAUCGCUAAUGUCGUCAAGGCUUGCUCCAGCGUCACUCUACAGCUUCGAGACGCCUUCAUCAGCUGCGCAUCCACCGACAGUGAUGUCACUCGAUCGGAAGCGCACGAGACGGCAUGUUGUAUCGCGAACGCGACAAGCUAUGGAGAUAAGCUGAACGCGAACAGCGUGACGCUAACCAUGAUCGAAGCGGUCGCGCUGACCUUCGAGCUGCUCCUCUCCCAGGUCGACAGGGGGAGCUUUGCCGGCCCGCCGGGCUUUGCGGACGAAGCUGUGUGGCCGACGGAUGACGGAUGUGGAUGGGCUAUCACAGAAAAGCUCGGAUGUAUGCUUGGCAUCACGAGCACAAUGAUGGAUUGCCUCGAGAGUGUUCCAACACCAGGCAAGAGGCCUGGCCAUGUGCUGAAGCUCCUUCUCCAACUGCAGGAACGACUGCAUAGGCUCGGCGUACAGCCCGACAUCUCGUUCGCUUUUGAUGUCGAUAUGCAUCAGAGCGCUUUUGACGCUGUGCCGAAGGCGCGGCAACUCAAAGGCGAAGGAGGACUCUCUCAGUUCAAUCUGCAGGGAGACACAUCAGCGCGCUGCUAUUCGUUGGCUACUAGCACAUUCGCUCAGACCUCGACAUCCGACGCCCAGCCGCAGGCGAUGCCGAAUACGGUAGACAGCGCUGAACAAGCGCAAGCACAAUCUUUCUACCCGACGCCGCCGUACAGCGACAUAGCACUGCCGCCGCUGCCCCACAGGCCCAUCUGGUACGGUCCGGGACCGAUGCCAGUCCAGCGUCAUGACGCAUCAGCAUCGGCAAGCUCGCAUCUACGAGGUCCAGCUUCUCAGAGUAUAUACGCGAUUCAAGAUCGCUCGGUGGCUCAGCAGCAGAGCACCCAUGCAUGGGACAGGGCCGGCUACGCUGCACAGCCGUAUUCAGCGACCAGGACAGGUUGCUGUGAAAGCAGAUGCACGCCAUCGUCUUCCCUGGCCACAGGCCAAGCUGAACCGAGAUCGCCAUUACACCCAUCUCACGCGCCGUACUACAAUCCUCCCCUCGCCGCGUCCCAUGGCGGCCCACCAUCCGGACAUGGCAUGCGCAGUUUGCCGUCGUACUCGGACACCGAGCUUCAUCUGGUUUCGGGCGCGAGGAUGCGUUCUUACGGAGCACCUGAAGAUCAGCGACCUCAUUCGCAGCCAUCGUCUUCGACCAGUUGCGCUGAAACCUCGGCCGAGGAGCGCGCUGGUAAGAGGUUCCGCGUCCACUUGGACUUGCACGACGGCUGGUGGACGGCGAGACAGGAGGAUAACUUGCACGGGAGCGAGUCUUACGGCAGCAGGCAGCUGCAGAAUCUCAGACAAGCUACGGUGCCAGUAUGCUGGGCGAUCAUGAGGAGGAGGCAACAAGAGGCGGCGAGCCGACGUAGUCAGGACCUACCGGCUGCAGAGGCGCUGGCAUCGAUCCAGAGCAUGACGUUCCUGACGGACGAGAUCGACGCCUCGGGUUGCAGCACGGCAAGCACGACGGGGCGGCCUCACAGUGGGGGCAGGAUCACGGAUCUCACCAUCGUGUCUUCGAGCUCUUUGCCCAAUGAAGAGAAGGAUGAAAUGAAGGAGACCAGCGAUGAGGAAGGAGACGACGAGAACAGCGACGACGAGGACGAAGACGACGACGACGAGUAG